GCUCUACAGACAAGCAAUGUGUCUUGUUUAAAGUGGAGUAUUCUAAUACCGAGUUUGAAUGUUUACUACAAGUUAACCCAAUUUCGGACAGCACAUGAUGGAUUAAGGAUAUUUGGAUAUUUGGACGUUCAGCAGGGAUUUGAUGUUGAUAGUUACGGAUAAACCACGAGAUUGAUAUUUGUGUGUCCGGUGGAAGGUCUUUGUCCACGUUUUAAGUCUUGUCAAGAGGGAUAAGUGUCAUACUGUGAUGUAUGUGUGUUGUUAUUUAGGCUUAUGUUGAUGGAUGAUAUUAAGUAAACUGCCCCCGGAAUAGUGUACACUCGUAUAUAUUAUACAGUGUUUACAAAUGUGUCUCCUGGAUUAAUUGAUAUUCUUUAUAGUGGACGUUAUUUACAAAUACACGUCUGCAACUAGACAGAAGCAUCUUGUCUGAGGGUUCGGAUGUAUACGUGGUUUUCAUUCUAAGACAAACUUCAGACGUAUCUUGAGUCAAUGACCCCGUUAUGUUGAUUUAUAAUGUAAUGAUUCUCACUUAAACAAAAGGGGUACAGUGUUUCACUUCAAGUAGAUAAAUUACUUCAUUAAGUGUCUGUAAAACGUCCAGAUCCUAGAAUUAUCGGAGUUAUGUUAUGGCGACUAUCGAUUGUCUAUGGUGAAUACAAAUCAAAGGGCGGCAAUCCAAAUGAGAGACGUACUAAAUGGAGCACGGGAAGAUAAAUAUUUGCAGGCGGCUAGACGGACGGUGCGGCGCGAUGGCGCAUCGGAAGCGGUUGCGGGUGAGCGAAGUGAACCCCCACCUGAUCUGCGUGCUGUGUGGCGGCUACUACAUCGACGCCACCACUAUCAUAGAAUGCAUGCACACAUUUUGUAAGACGUGUAUUGUGGGGUACCUGGAGGCGAGCAAACACUGCCCCGUGUGUGACAACCUCGUGCACAAGACCAAGCCACACCUUAGGCUCAGGCCCGACCAUACAUUACAAGACAUCGUAUACAAACUGGUGCCCGGCUUGUUUCAAGAUGAAAUGCGAAAAAGACGAGACUUUUAUAAAGAGGAAAUCGAAACUGGUCGGGUCGGGGAACAUGGGAUUCCAGAGGAGCGGGAGAGGAUCGUCUACUCCGCCGACGAGCAGUUUAGUCUCGUGCUCGAACUCAGCUCCGACGGAAAUCCUCCUCUACAUGUCGGCGGCCGGUCCUCCAAACAUCUGAGACUUGAGGCCGCGGACCGUCGCUACCUUCUGUGUCCAGGGAACUUCAGUGUUGGUCACCUAAAAAAGUUCAUCAGGAUGAAAUUCAACCUGCAUGACAAAUAUCAGGUUGAGUUCUUCCACACGGACGAGGGUCUGUUGGACCACUACACGCUUGUCGACAUUGCCUACAUCUACUCUUGGAGACGGAAAGGGCCACUACGGCUGUAUUAUUCGGUGUUCACAAAUCCUGCAAAACGGUUUAAACCCGACCCUGAUGACGUCAUAGAACCGGUAACCAUGGACACUGAGACUAAUGACGUCACGAACACUUCUGAUCUCAAAACUGAAACAAGCGGUUACUUCUCUGAUGAAGAAAAACUGCACGACAGCUUGGAUAAGUCAGUGCUUAACACUUCUGAUGAGAGUAAAGCCGACUCUGUACUUGAUGGAGAUGGAAUGGAUAUAGACAAUGAUGAUAUAGUGCUUGAGUCCACUGACAAGCUUAGUGCGAAAGCAGAGAAAGAAAAACUGGAAUUUAAAAGUAAAUUUCCUGAAACUGAGGGUAAAGGAGAAACUAAACUGGAGAAGUGUGAAACUACAAACGAUGAUAAACCAGUUGAAAAGUGUAAGCCUGUGAAUGAACCUGUCCAAGAACAAAGUAUUGAAGAACUUAAAGUAUCUAGUCAUAAAUUAUCCAUGGAAUUUGAAGACGAUGAUUCGUGUUCUGAACAUGAACUGUGUAUUGCAGAGUCUGAAAAUUCAACAAGUGAAUUUGAUUCACAAGAAGAUGUGCAAACAUGUUUUAAGUCGUAUGAUAUUUUCGACAAGAAACCAAUAACUGAAAAUAACCAAGUGUCGGACAGUAGUGUCUCAAACACCAAAGAAAAGAAGACAGACACAAAAGAAGCAACGGCAAAGUGUGAAAAGGUUAAAGAAAAACCUGAGAUGGUGGAAGCAUCUACGGACACAGUACCGUGCACAAGUGACGACAAAGUAAUGACAAGCGUACCAGCUAGAUUAGAAACCAAAUCAAAAUGUUGUUAUACCAAUCAGGAUAUAUCUGAACCUGUUGUUUCAUCCACCCAAAACACACAAGGCUGCCAAACAGAGCCACCUGAUCAAGAUAUAGACACUCUGGAUAUUCCACAUUCCUCGGAGAGUGAUUUGAACAGACCUCUCUCCCCAGGCCAUAAACACAAAGUGGAUGUUUCAUGUGAGACAGAUAAUUUAGUAGUUGAUAGACAAAAACGUUCCAAAGACAACGUGACAGUUUAUGUGUCUACUGAUACAGAAGCGAACACUUGUGAAAAGAAAAGGAGACUUGUCGAUAGUGCUACAGAUAUUUACGACUUUCCCAAGUCGGAAAUGGAAACUCAUAAGAAGAGUAAAUAUAGCUCCAAAUUUUCUCAUUUAUCAAAUGACAUUAGCAAACGGAAGUUGUUAUCUGUGGAUUGUUCAGUGGGUGAACUUCAAACAUCCAGUUCAAACAAACGUAAAAGUGUUGAUACUGAUUUGUAUAGUACAGAAACAAAGACAAGAAAACCAGAAUCAAAAACAACAAAGCGAAGUGUAAGUUACUCCGGACAAAUAAACGCACAAAAGACAGCAUAUUCUGCGCAACCACUUUCUCCUACAAAGAUUACGGUAAAGUUCACGCAACAGCCAAAGUCUCCUAAGUCACCAAGCAAAUCAACUUGUCCUAAAUCGCCAUCAAGAUCAGAAACGACUGGUUUUCAGUCACAGUACCAGUCAUUUGUAAUGGAACUACCUGAAAAGACUUACAGAUUUGAGGGAGAAGAUCAACCGCCUGUUUCUGUGUUAAGUAAGCCUCUAAAAGUGUACCCUGGGGCUUCAUCAAAGUCAAGUGGAACAUCCAAUGGAGCAUCAUCAAAGUCUAUUGGAACAUCGACUGCGACAUCGUCCAAGUCUAGUGGAACAUUCACUGGGGCAUCCAAGUCUUGCGGAACAUUCACUGGGACAUCCAAGUCGUCUAGUGAAACAUUGACUGUAAAUAUCCCUCAGUCCCAAGCAUUACCCAGUAGUCAAAAGAAAUCUCAAAAAAGUGCGAAACCUCGUGGAAGGCCCCCAAAGGUAAAAGGUGAAGGUUCAUUAGAACCUCCACUCCCUAAAGAAAAGAAACACAAAUCUAGAAGUCAUUCUCCAAAGCGCAAGGUGAAUAUAGAUUCCGCAAAGAGUGAUAAUACUUUCAUCUUGCAAAAAUUGAACAAAUGUUCGCCAAAAUAUAGCACUGAUUCUCAAAAAGUGAACAAAGCAUAUUCGUGGAUUAAUAAGAUCGACAAUGCUUCGGGAUUGAAAUCAAAUGUUACAAGUGAUUCCAAACCGAAAGAUAAAAAAAGAAGCGAAGUUGAACAACCACCCCCGGACUUGCGAAUACCAAAACAGAUCCUGUAUUUCUCAAAUGGGCAAUACACUUUGACAACAGUCAGUAAUGUAAAUGCAUUGAAACAAAGCAGUCCAAUUUCCCCACCUCCAAAAACUGUAUUUACUUCUGAGGUGCUCCAAAAGGAACAAGAUAGAUUAAGUAGUAAGUCAAAAGAUGAUAAGGAUGCUUUGAAAGAUUCUAAUGAGAACACAAAUACGACCAAGGAUAAACCAAUGAUGCCAGAACUUCGUCUUAUGGAUGUUAAAGUGACUGAAAAGCUAGACGAUCUUAAGAUUGACAAGCUUAAGACAGAGACAGCUGAGUGUGAUUUAAAAGUCAUUCCAACUACUGUGCAAUUGGAUACGAUUCAGAUUGAUAUACCAACUGACAUGUCCCAAGUUAAAAGCGAUACUAACGUUACCAAAGAUUGUACAAAACCUCGAGAAGAGGUAAAAACUAAACAAGUGAGCCCUAAGUCGCAGGUGAGUCAAACACCUAGUACAAAUGUGUUACAAAUGGAUCUUACCAAACAACAAAUUAGUCCAACGUCAUCAAACCAAACUUCGCCAAAGUCCCAAAUAAGUCCAAGGACUGAUGCAAAUGAUAACAAAAUAACAAAGGCAUUAGCUACAUCAAGUGGCGAUCAUUAUGUACCAAAUUCUUCAGCAUUUGCAACGUCGCCAUCUGCAGCUUCUAUGUCAUCGACCAGUUCAAUGCAAGAGGCAAAAGAAUCUAAAGCCAAGAAGCCCAGCACAGCUGACGUAAAGAAACCCAUGGCCUCGUCGCCAGCCCCUCCACUUCCUGAAUACAGACAUCAAAGUCCGUUUUUUACUUCGCUCAGUGGUGCCAAGCUUGGUAACCAUCACCGUCACACCACACAUCUGAAUAUACCAAAUCUUGCCAGCCAUUUCUCUGGAGCGCAUCACCUCUACCAACAAGGCCGCUUUACUGACCGCCUCGGUGCACCGUUAUAUGGCUCAUUUUCCAUGAACGAUAAAUCUGUCAGUGCUACCAUUGCGUCUAAACUCGAGGAAGCACGUAGAUUGGAGGCCCAAGCAUUGAGUGCACAUUGCUCCUUUAUGACUCCCUUUCCGGACCCCUAUUUAAGGCUCAUGCACAGUCACCUGGUGUCUAGUCUACCCCCGCCGCCUCAUCUUACACACAAGUCCUCGUAUGCUGAAUCUAGCAAGUCAUUGUCCUUCUCUGACCACGCGACCCACGGUGCUUCAUCUAUGUCUCAAAUAGCUGCAAGACAGUCUACAAAACCGGCUUAUACCAACAGUUCAAAGGGUAAAGGCAAGAACAUUGACAAUGUCAUUAGUGCCAUCACUAAGAUGAGGACGAAGAAGGAGACUCAAGAACAGGUUAAUGGGAUUGAUCUUAGUACGAAAACUACAAGAAAAGAGGAAAGUGUUGGUGUGAACGCUGAAUCAAACGAUAAGGAAAUGAUUGAUAACAAAGAUGAACAGACGGAGUCAGUUGCGAGUAAGCAAGCUAAAGUUACGCAUAUUGGAAACGGCGAGAAUAGUGUGAAUUAAGUCAUUCAUUUGGAUUUAUUAGUGGUAUGUGUAAUAAGAAAACAUGUGGUUAAAAUCGUGAUAAUACAAAAUAAGAGUAUUCAUCAUCUUAGUGUGGUAUAACUUAGUGGUGAUGGAUAUUAUCACAACCCCUCAUUCGCUGCCAUGGAUUUAAUUGGAUUUAUCUGCCAUGAAUUUAUCUGCCAUGCAUUUAUCUGCCAUGGAUUUAUUUGGAUGUAUUCCAGUGCGUCUGUAGUGCUUCAGUUUGUACAACAUAGUAUUGCCAAGCAAAUUAAAUAGGGCUUUUGGAGUGGAUGGAAUGUGAGUUGGUUUUACAAAGGUCUUUUACUGAAAUCUCACCAAUUUUGCAGCUAUACAGCUUCUACUGCCAUUUUAUAACAGUGGAUAUUAAGUUACUGUGGAUUUAUAUAAAUAAUAUGUGAUUCUGAUCUUCUCAACUGUAUGGAUACAAAUGUGGUAUUUUUAUGGAUGAUUUGUGACAUAUGAGAAAAAAGGUGUUUUAUUUUCAUCCAAAACUGUGCUUGAAUGAGUGUUAUCGUUGUGUAACGAAAGUUUCAAAAAAUCGAUAUUUCAUGGAUUAUGUUCAACUUCUGUGUGGAAUUACCUAGCUUAUGGAUUUACCUACUAAGUAUUUUGGUUGGAUUAAAAACAGGUACCUUUGUCUCAGAACAUUGUACAUGCACAAAAAGACUUGCAGCUCUAGGAAAGACAUUAGCUUAAAGGGACACGCUCAUUUUUUUGUUAAAUGUAAUUUUUUGCUAUGACAAAAUAAAGUGUGGCCACUUAUUAGAGUUGUUAAAACUAAGAUACUGACGGCUGGAACUCUCCAACUAAUAUUGAUAUAUGCUCAAAUAUUGUCUUUUAAGUACAUGAUUUUGGAUAGCGUUAGAAAUACGAUUUAGCACUUGGCUUCAAGGUUAAGUUAUCCUCUUGAAUGUGUAUGAGCCCUUGUAGAAGUGAUGUUUUGUUGUCAGUUUUCUAAAUUGUCUUUGACUGUAUCGGCGUGGGUUCGCACCUCACCUAAAACAUGAUAUAUUUUUAUACAUUAAAUGUAAUUUUUUUCUUGCAUUUGCGGUUCCAAAGAGUAAAAUAGUUAUAAUAUAAGUGCUUCAGAUGCAUUACCGGGUGAAUUUAAUUUAGUGCCAAAACAUGAGCGAGUCCCUUUAAUUGUUUAAGAAUUUCUUUAAAAAUCGUUCUUAUAUUAUUGAAAAUAGUUUCAUCUUGAAUUUUGUAGUAGUCAAAUUUCACCUGUAUAUAGUUAAUGAUUAGAGACUGCAGAUUUCUCAUAAAAUAGGUAACAUCCAUCGAUGUAGAUAAAAUAUUUUUAUUUUGAGGCCACAGUAAAAAAAAAUGUUUGUUUCCCCUGCCCACGUGUUUAGGUGUGGGUACAUAUACAUAGGAAGUGUUAAUUCCAAAAUAAAAGUCCAUAAUAAACAUGACCACUUGGCCCAAUUUCUCGAUCAAGUUUAAGUCCAUUCUUACCGGGUUAAACUAACCCCACUAUUUCUGUUUUGGUAUAAUUUGUGUUAUAUUUUUAUUUCAAAGAGUUUUAAAGCUACAUCCUCACAGAUUUACCGUUUUGACAACUCUUUUUGUCUUGGAUAGGCUCACGUUUUGUGUAAAUGUCUGAAAACUAGUGAUAAAAGACUGCUGACAAAAGUUCAGAUCACACUGUUUUCCAUUACGUUCGGAAAGUAUGUUUUGUAGCUUUAAGCGUAACUAAGGCUUUAAGAAGAAAAUUGAGUUCUUCGGCAUAAAACAUCGAUUUUUUUAAGUAAGAGCGAUCUGAUUUUUGUCAGCAGUCUUAUAUCACUGGUUUCCAUGCAUUUACGCAAACAUUUGCUCAUUCCAAGACAAAAAAUAUAAUAAAAGUUUUCAAAGCGGUCAAUCUGUGAGAGUGCAGCUUAAAGACAGGUAAAGAAAAUCAUUGUGAUGAUAAUCACGAUAAACUAUGUCUUAUAAAUUAUAGCAGGUUUUUAGCCUAAUGAAACAAGAUACAAAUGCUUGUUAUGCCCAAACGUUUUCGAGAAAUUGGGCCCAGCUGCAGAGGCUAAAAAUAAAAACUUUCGGGUCGACGGUAUGUUUCUGAAACGGUCGGGAAACGCCAGGCAAUCUGUUCAAAUCUGGCUUGAGUUUAUUAUUAUUAUUAUUAUUAUUUUGUUUGAUCACAGUAAUGUAUAGUGUUGUAAGAUGUCAGAAUCAUACCUGUCUAUUUCUUUUUCAUGACUAUUUAAUGAUUGUUGGAUGUUUGAACGAGAUAUUCUAAUCAAUGUUGGACUUUUUUGUGUAAUUUAUUAAACAUGUUGUGUUCAGUCAGUAUUUACAUUUUUUAUUUACGAAGAAAAGAUAUGUGUGAAUAUGUGUAAAUAUGUGUGAAAAAGGGUGACUGUGUGUGAAUAUGUGUGAAAAAGGGUGACUGUGUGUGAAUAUGUGUAAAUAUGCGUGGAUAUGUGUGAAAAAGGGUGACUGUGUGUGAAUAUGUGUGAAAAAGGGUGACUGUGUGUGAAUAUGUGUGAAUAUGUGUGAAUACGUGUAUGUUUUAGAGGGGAGAAAAGGGCACAUUGUGUCGGGCUGUAAAGAAUUACAACAUUAUAUAUUUUCUAGUAUAUUUACAACUGUUAGGAAUGGUGCUUGAUUGGAGUACUAUUAAAUUUUGACUGCCAAAUCUGUCCAGUUUGUAUAAAUUUAGUAGUAUUAAUGAAAACAUAAGAAAUAUUUGAUUAUACUUUGCAUAUAAAUUUAUAAAGGCAGAUGGGUAAACAUGCUGGUCUCCAUGAGAGCAGAAGGGGCUAUUUGUACUUAAAAGGAACAAGGUGUAGUAUCGUUCCAUAACUCUUUAGCUAAAAACAUAUCAGAAAGAACCUACCAAGAAGACAGGGUGCAGCACGCUUCCAUAACUCUUAAGCUAAAAACCUAUCAGAAAGCCCUACCAAGAAGACAGGGUGCAGCACGCUUCCAUAACUGUUUAGCUAAAAAACUAUCAGAAAUGCCCUACCAAGAAGACAGGGUGCAGCACGCUUCCAUAACUCUUUAGCUGAAAAACUAUCAGAAAUGCCCUACCAAGAAGACAGGGUGCAGCACGCUUCCAUAACUCUUUAGCUAAAAAACUAUCGGAAAUGCCCUACCAAGAAGACAGGGUGCAGCACGCUUCCAUAACUCUUUAGCUAAAAAACUAUCAGAAAUGCUCUACCAAGAAGACAGGGUGCAGCACGCUUCCAUAACUCUUUAGCUAAAAAACUAUCAGAAAUGCCCUACCAAGAAGACAGGGUGCAGCACGCUUCCAUAACUCUUUAGCUAAAAAAACUAUCGGAAAUGCCCUACCAAGAAGACAGGGUGCAGCACGCUUCCAUAACUCUUUAGCUAAAAAAACUAUCCGAAAUACCCUACCAAGAAGACAGGGUGCAGCACGCUUCCAUAACUCUUUACCUAAAACCUUAAGUACUAUAUUCUAGCAAUCCAAUUUCCUGUUGCAACUUUAAAAUAACCUUGUUGCAACCUUAAACUAACCUUGUGACAACCUUAAACUAACCUUUAGCCAACUAACAUCGAGACAUAAGUCUUAAAUGUUGACAUAAGGUAUCCGAUAUACAAUUAAACUUGUCCCUGUAUCGAACAAUCGUGAAUAAUGUUAAAUUCAUAUGCCUGGGACCAUGUUUACGAACAAUGUCAAGUCUGGGUCUAGACUCAGACCCAGAAAAGCUUGUUUUAUUGAAUUACAAAGAAUCGUCUGUAUUAUAUUCGUUUUACAAAAAAAAAAAUCGGAACAGAACUUGCAGAAUUUGUCAAAAUUAAGAUAAUCGUUGUGAUUUUAUUGAACCAUGCAUUUGUGAAUUCUCAGAUAUGGUUAGCACAUGAUUCAUUGCUUGCCUUAAAAACAGGAUAAUGAAGAUAUUUCUCGGAGUCUGGCAUGUCUUAUUUGUCUAUGAAUAUAUAAAUACCAUUAUCGUGUAGCAUUCAAUUACAUAUUUAGCGAAUAUCAUUCCACUUGAUGUUAAAUAUCGUUUAAGACUUCAUGGAAAUGACAUUUUUAGUUCAAGCACUCACAUGACCAUGAUAAUAAACCUUUAUAUAGACACUUACACCUUAGUGGUCAACAUUACAUUUUGUCUAAUGAGAGGCAGUAUGUAUCAAGUUUUCCAAUACAUUUAUUUCAGUAAAUCAGCAGUGAGCCGUUAUUGAUUUUAAUCAGGUGAGGCGGUAGAUAUAAACAGUGGCUGGCCAAUUAGUGGGUAGUCUACAAACUAAUUUGUAGAUCACUGAAAAAACUUCAAGAUUAAAAGUAUGUACUUACACAUAAGGUUAUUUGUUAAUAAGUACAUUUUGACCAUCUUUAUCCAUUACUUAUUAUAACCUCUAAGAAAUUUAACUUAAAGUGACACUCUUAUUCAAAACACAUGUAUAACAAACAUAAUUUUUGAGUGAUAAAGCUUAAACUACUUCCUAAAUAAUGCAUUUAUGGAAAAUAUUAAUUACUGAUAACAAGAUUGUAACCGUCUAAUAGCUAAAUAAUAAAUUAUUGGUGAGUGCUAAAAGAUUUACUGCGAUCUACUUCCGUCUCAUAAGGUAGAAAAACCGUGUUUUGUGCACCUUUCAGAGGCUUUCUUUCAAAUUAAAAUAGGUAUCCUUUAUAAAAAAAAAACCCAAUGUUUUCGACCUUUAUUCAUCAUUUUUGGUAUAUUUUAACAAUUGUAUUAAUUAUGGUAAAUUUUAUUUGGGAGUAAGAGUGCAUAUUUAAUACUAUUGAACAUAUGAGGCAAUUUUCAAUGCCUGCAACUGAUUUUUUUCCAUUCAAUGCAUUUAAGGGUUUAUAUCAGGCCAAUUGCGGUUAACCGCCAGACGAAACUCUGAAACCGCACAUGUACAGAUAUAUCUAAACGCACAUGGUACAUCUGAGUUCAGGUGACUUAAAACUGGGAACAAGAGAUUUGAUCAGAGGGAAAGAUGUGUUCCAGUUUUAUUAUGUGGUUUGCGGUGGAUUCAGACAGUUAUUUUUGGUAUAACAUAUUUGGUUUGGUGUCUAACCUUGUUUGUACUGUGAUGUAUGUGUUAAAGUGUCCAUCUGCUGACAUUAAAGGCAUUUUGCCGGUCUUUUUUUAAUGGUUGAAGGUUGUUAGUAUGUGUACUUACAACAAUAAAUGGUUUGAUGGGACCUAGUCGCCUAACCAUUUAUUUUGUUGAAGUACAUAGUAACAACCUUUUGCAUUUAAGUGGUCUAUAUCAUGUUGUGUGAACUAUCCUCUAAGGGGUCCAGCUACUGUUUUUAUCUACCGGUUUACCCGAUUGAAUUCAAUAAUAACUGACUGUGAUGUUUGUGUAAAAGUGUCCAUCCGCUGACAUUAAAGGCAUUUUGCUGUGUUUUUUUUUAAUGUUUAAAUGUUGUUAGCAUGUAAUAAAAACAAUAAAUGGUUUGAUGGGACCCUGUCGCAUAACCAUUUAUUUUGUUGGAGUACAUACUAACAACCUCUUACAUUUUAGUGGUCUACAUAAUAUUAUGUAGACAACUCACUAAGUGGACCAGCCACUGUUUAUAUCUACCAGUUCAACUGAUUAAAAUCAAUACCAACUGACUGCAGAUUUACAGAAAUAAAUGUAUUGGCAAAAUUGAAGUUUACUCCAUUCUCAUUAGACCAUGAACUAGCUUACUUGUGGGUCGAAUACCUUAAAAUGUUUUUCAACUAGUUGUCUCUCAAUAGUUUAAAAAUGAAUUAAAGACCAUUGAACUUUGAACCACAUUUCAUUCAGAUGUGGCCUUCAUUUUACGAGUUUUUUUUUCUUAUCUAAGAAACUGACAUUCUGUUAAAGACAUUGUUGAAGGGUAGAUACUUCAGCAAGCAGUGCUUCAAGGACAUUCACAGCACGAUUAUAAUGAUGCAUUAUAAUAUGGUUAAAUACUCUUAAGGUGUCCGAGCCAUGUAAAAUAUUUAAAAUGAUUGAAAAUAUAUUAUAGGCAAAGUUACUGCAUUCUCGUACACCAGGGAGAUGAUGUUAUUCGUAUCAUUAUCAAACCUCUGGCCCUAAUUUUUCGGAACUUCUUAAGCUUAACAAGAAUGUACAUUUAUCUUUGUAUAACGAAUUGAAUAAAGAUGAUUCUUGUCUGGGUCUGAGUCAACUAUUCGUAAUCAUGGGCCUUGGUCUUUUUUGUUUCUUUCAACACAGCCUGUUUGCAAUAUAUUGUCGGUAUAUUUUUAUCAUAUUCUUUCUCUAUCCUGUCAAAUUACACCAGCAUAACAUGUGGUCUGCAGUGGGAGGGGGUGGGAGCAAGCUUAUUUACCCACCGGGUAAUACCCAUUCGGUGAGCAUCCAUUUUUUUUACAUGAUUAGGUAUCGAAUACCUUAAUUCACUUACACGCUUUUUUUUUUUUUUUAUCUCGGAGAGUAGUUUCAGAUUUCAGACUUAUUUAAUGAAAGAACGUUUUGAAAAUUGUAAAAGAGUGCUUGUUAUGAAUGUACUUUGAACGAUUGUUUAAUACCAUUAAUUUCCAUAAUUUUUUUUAAUAAGUAUGUGAAAGUUAAUCAUUUCAUAAAUAAAUAUUUGCCCUUACAUUGUGUGAAAGAGUUUAGCAUCGUGUUUCCAUAGGUAAAGAAUUACAGUCAAAAGAUAUUAAAUAAUUCACAAAAUCUCAUUAUAAAUGGAUUGUAUUAUUUGCAAGAGUUUCAAACUUAUUUCAGCAAAGUCGGCACUUAAAAUUAUUCAAUUUGUGCGUGAUUUGAAUGAAAUAUUUCUACCUACAAGGCAAUAAAAACAUCAACUGCAAUAAAACGAAUAAGGCAAACGUUCCAUUCAACCAUCAAAGUAAUUGCUUCACAUAUGAGUUUAAAUAAAUACUGUUAGUAAUUUUAGGAUGCAUUAUUACCAUUGAAUAAAAUGUGCAUUUACCAUUUUGCUUCUAUAUAAUUAAAUUCAUGAUAUGAAUGCACUGUGGUUAUAAAAUUAUUGCAUAACAUUUUUUAGAAUUGAAUUUAAUUCAUCUCGUCAGUUUUUUCGAAGAGGAUAGUCGAGAUAUUGUUAUAGCCUUUGGUGCCGUUUUUGUUGGCAGCGUGGGCAUGGGCGUUGUUGUACAAACACAUAAACUUGUCCAUAAUUCUUCGUUUGAUUUAUUCAAAUAAAACUUGGUACAUACGGUAUGUUGUUUGUGAAAAAUACAACGCACGUGUAAAAGGCCCAUAACUCUGACUUUAAUAUAUGUUAGGUGAUGCCCCUUGUUCGACUGAGAAUAAAACAACAGACGGGCGUUGGUGUUCGCUUCGCGGCGCUCUUGUUUUAAAAUACACAACAUUUGUUAAGUCUAACUUCUAUAAAAACACACCUGCAUAAUAAUGUUAUUUGAAGCAAAACAUUUUUCAGAAACUCGUUCUGGGCUGGUAUUCAAAAUUGGGCUUAAUUGGAUCUAAGAACGAUGUAGCUAAUCGGAUUACUUGUUAUUAAUAUCUGACCAAUAGAGUAAAUGAAGUCAAUGUUGUAUGACUUUAAAACAAACUUAAGUUCGAUAUUGAAUACCACCCCAGUUUCAAUGCGUAUCGUGUGUGGUAUAACCGCAUAGAAUCCUUGAAUCAAUUCUGAAUCUUAUCGGUUUUACAUUACUUAAAGACAGAUCGCAUUGGUAUUGUCUUCUGUAUCUUAUGCAAAGAUUGUUUACAAAGUUGUUACAUGCUAAACAGCGCUUCAGUUUAAGAAAAUUUGGAAGUAUAUUACUCCCUAGAAAAGGGCUAAAACUUCCAAAAUUAAAUCCUUGAAAGUAUAGAAAAUUCCAACAUUUUAAAAUGCAUUAAAAUACUAGUACAAUUUUUUGAACACACGUAUGGUUUUGUUUGCAAAUUGUUUCAUAAUUUAUCAGAAUAGUUGUGCAAUAAUGGUGAAAUAGUAAGUGUUCGAGAGACUUGAACUUCCAUAUUAAGAUGAAUAAACUCCAACACUGAGGCCACAAUGACAUGUCUUGAAAGUACAUCUGUCACUUGACAAAAAAUCUAAUUCUGGACAAGGGAACUUACAGGGUCUCAAAUAAGAAUAUCAGAGAAUGAGAAAAUUCAGCUAACCCAUCAGAACGUCUAUAUCUUGUAACAAAAAUGCGAUUUGUCUUUAAAUUUGUCAAUUAUACGGUAGUAUAAAUAAUAACGUUUAAAUCAAUAUGUAUGAGAUGCUAUCAUUUUAUCAUUUUGUCUACAUACUUUGUUAUGUAUAUACAUGUACUUGAACUAUUGUAGAGAGUUUGAUCAUAGUUUAGCGAAAUGUUUUGUGUAAAUUAUUAUUGCUGUUCAUUUUUAUGAGACCGUUGUUUUGUUCGUUACUUGUGCUAAGUAUAAUUUAUGUUCACACAUCAACCACAUGGUGAAUAAA